AGUGACCAAUGGUGGGAAAACCACCCUGACAAAUAGAAUUAGCAAAUCGCUACCAAACUGUUGUGUUGUACAUCAGGAUGACUUCUAUAAGGCGCCAGAUCAGAUACACGUUGGGGAAGAUGGAUUUAGACAAUGGGAUGUGAUCACGGCCCUGGACAUGGAGGCUAUGACCAGUACGGUCAAUGCCUGGAUCGACAACCCCGUGAAGUUCGCCCGAUCCCACGGCAUCAAUAUCAGCCCUGCUUCCGAGGAGCCCAGCGAUCAGGAGGAAGGGGUGCAAAUAUUGAUCGUGGAGGGUUUCCUAUUGUAUAACUACAGG